AUGCCUCCUCCGUCCAUAGCUGUGGAUCGGGAGCGCGUCCGCCUCGCGGCGACCGAAGGCAUCGCCGCCGCACGAGCAGCCGCUGACGGCGGGCAGCACUCCGGCGCCGCGCGGAUCCUGGAGUCCAAGCUGAAUGCCGUGGAGCAGUCGGCGCCGGGGGCGGCAGGCGACCCUGCAUUAGAGGCGCUCAAGGAGGAGCUGCGCGACCUCAGCUUAAGCGUGGGCGACCGGAGGAAGUACGAGCAGACGGGGCGCGCGCGCCUUCUGGCCGGCAUGAGCUCGCACGCGCAGCAGCGCGCCUCGGCGAUGGGGAUGGACGUGCAGUCGACGAGCAAGGCUAGGGCGUACUUGACUCCGAAGAUGGAGGAAAUGGGGGAGAUGUCGCGUGGGAAGAAGCGUGGCAAUGGCAACAACCAGCAGGCAGACGGCACAUCGAGGCAGGCUAAGCAGGUCAAGGUAGAGAUCUUUACAAUAAAGGACUAG